AUGGAUCGUAGUGAUGAUCGUAAGCCAUUGGAGUAUUGGAUAAGUUGGUUGAAAAUAUUUAUUUUAAGGUGUUGUGUUGUGCGUGGUAUGUGUACGGUGAUGUGUUGUUCGGUAUGCAUUGUUUAUUGCGACUCAUUUGAAAAUGUCAUUGAUUUUUCAGCGAGAGCAACCGAUCCAUUCGUUGUUGAGGAUGAGCGUGUCAAGUAUGUGGAUGAACUUUGUGAACGCGUCUGCGAGGAAGCUGAAGGGCCACAAAUAGCUGUUCGAAUUCUUGCACAUAAAUUGUUAAGCCCUGAACAAACUGAGGCACUUAACACUUUAAAGGCAAUUGAUAUGUGUGUUAGACGAUGUGGAACUCGACUGCACAAUGAAAUUGCCAAAUUUCGUUUUCUUAAUCAAAUGGUCAGACUACUGUCACCGAAAUAUAACGGUGAUUUGACAAGUGAUGAAGUAAAGACGAAAGCGAUUGAACUGUUAUUUAUUUGGCAGAAAUCAAUGAGACAUUUAACGAAAUUCAAACAAGUGUAUGAUAUGCUAAAAGAGCAGAAGGUGAUUCUGGAAGAUCCUGUUUUAACAUCCGAACCGAUACGUGUCACUCCACCUUGUCGUCUAGCCACCUUUGAAGAUGAGGAGAAAGCAAACCUCCUCUCUCAAUUAUUGAAAAGUAAUAAUCCUGAAGAUCUACAAGCAGCCAAUCGUCUUAUAAAAAGUAUGGAAGAGCAAAAAAUGGAACGAUUGCAUAAACGUGUUGAUGAUGUUGAGAAAGCCAAGAACAAUUGUCAAGUAUUGAACGAAAUUUUAACAUUUUGUAAUACGCAUCCCAUGACCGAACGAGAAAGUGAUCUUGCUUCUGAACUCUAUUCGGUUCUCAUUGAAAUUCGCCCAACAUUAUUUCGUUACGCGAGUGAAGCAGCUGAAUACGACGAUAACGGAUUAGCGGAUAUACUUGCUGCAUUAUCAACGAAUUUACCAGCGAAAGAUGGUAAUAAAAGAAGUCGUAGUUGUUCGGGUGGUCCGUCGAAUACGACCAAAAUCAUUUCGGGAAGUGGUAUUCGUAGUGCCACCUCGACGAUUGAUAAUCUUCUUUCAAAUAAGACCCAAACAGAUACUACCAGUAGUUCUCAUGAUGUUACAUCCACUCGGGAUCCCCCGUUACGUGGAAUCUUUCAGUUGAAAAACGUCCUAGAAUCGGAUGAUUUUCUGUUAGUGAAUUCUGUUAAUACAAGCGCAAACGGCGUAGGACUGGAUGCUGAUACCACAAGUCGAAGCUUAUCAUUAUGUGAUGAUGUGGCGUUGAUUUCUUUAUCUUCAAUAUCGUCAUCUCGUGAACCGAAUGAAUCUUCUGAAAAUGCGUCUGGAAUCGAAUCGAAUCCUUCUUCGGCACUCCAAGAUCUAUCUGAACUUCUUCUUGAUCAAAGUGCAUUUCACAAGGAGCAAUUUAAACAGUUAGCGCUGUUUCCUGAAUUUUUACAAAACGAGCGUGAAGGGCAGUUUUUGGAGCCCUUUCAAUUCGCGAACCAAAUUUGUGCUCCAUCAGCACUCUUAGAGGGAGUAUUUGUUUUGUUGGAAGCUCUUUCUGUUUAUUCUGUGACGACUACUUUGAUUAGGCAUAUCUCGAAGAGAAUGAAUGAGAUAUUCUUUACAGCAGCGAGACCACCACUAAUAAUAUUUGAUGAGAAUUUUAUGCGUGGAAUGUUGUAUUUUUCACAAAAUUCUCCACCUGGUACUCGGUGUAUUACGACAACCGUCAUAACAAUGUCCAGUACGAAUACUGUACCCCUCACUAAUAUCAAGCUUUCCAUCUCAACAAAAACACCAAAUAUUCAAAGUCGACUUUUCGAUGCCGAAAGUGAUAUAUUGCCGGCAUUCUCGCCAAUGAAUCCGCACUCGACGAUCAGUCAAAUUUUAUUAAUCCUUCCUCUUAUUGAUUCAAUUGAAAUGGUUAGUCGUUAUCAGUCAUUUCCCUCAGUGAACAAAAAUAUUCUUUAA